GCGCCAGGGCGGCCGCUGAUUGGCUGCUGGAGCCUUGGUCCCAUCCCAGUGACCCCAAAGUGCUGGAGGGAGGGGGCGGGGGUGGCCCAGUGCAAAGUGCAUCCCGAGAGCCCCCUGCCUGGAACCCCCGCGGCCGGCACUCGGGACCCUGCAUGAGCCGGGACCUCGCCGCCCCGAGACCUCCCGGGACCCCCGAAGCCCGGCGCGUCCGAGCCGGAGCGCGGCAGCCCCCAGCCCCGAGCCCUCGCCCCGGGACUGCCCCCCCUUCCCCCGGAGCCGGCACUUCCUCCCCGCACCCCUGGCCCGAGGCGGCCCGGCGGCCCGGCCCGCCAGCCCCGGCCUGCCCGCCCGUGUGCAGCUCGCCGGGCCGGGGCCGAGCCCGCAGCCCCGGGGUCCGAGCCGCGUCGGGCGCUUCUUCAAUGGAGAAGUUGGUGAGUGUGCAGGAGGCGGAGCGGGGGACGCGCUGCAGCAGCUGAGAGGACAGGUUGGAGCCGAGCCCCGGGACGGGACGCCGCCGAGAGCCGCCGCCUGCUGCACCCCGGGUGGGGUGAAGAAAGCUCCCUGGAAGGUCGGGACGGUCUCCGAGCCUUGUGCCCAUAAUGCUGUACGUGCACAAUGGUGAUUAGGUGGCCCCUCCAGCAGGCGAAGGGAAAUCCUGUCAGACGGCUCCCUGUGACCGAAUGACUCCCGCGUGAGAAGCGGGACUGAGCGAGGAUGUUACACCACCACUGUCGGCGGAACCCGGAGCUCCAGGAAGAGCUGCAGAUCCAGGCCGCCGUGGCUGCCGGGGAUGUGCACACCGUGCGGAAGAUGCUGGAGCAGGGCUACUCCCCCAACGGCCGCGACGCCAACGGCUGGACGCUGCUGCACUUCUCCGCGGCCCGGGGCAAGGAGAGAUGCGUCCGCGUGUUUUUGGAGCAUGGAGCUGACCCCACGGUCAAGGACCUGAUCGGAGGCUUCACGGCGCUGCACUACGCGGCCAUGCACGGCCGGGCCCGCAUCGCACGCCUCAUGCUCGAGUCGGAGCACCGCGGGGACAUCAUCAACGCCAAGAGCAACGAUGGAUGGACGCCGCUGCACGUGGCCGCCCACUACGGCCGGGACUCCUUUGUGCGCCUCCUGCUGGAGUUCAAGGCCGAGGUGGACCCGUUGAGCGACAAGGGCACCACGCCGCUGCAGCUGGCCAUCAUCCGCGAGCGCUCGAGCUGCGUCAAGAUCCUCCUGGACCACAACGCCAACAUCGACAUCCAGAACGGCUUCCUGCUGCGCUACGCCGUGAUCAAGAGCAACCACUCGUACUGCCGGAUGUUCCUGCAGAGGGGGGCCGACACGAACCUGGGGCGCCUGGAGGACGGGCAGACCCCCCUGCACCUGUCUGCCCUGCGGGACGAUGUGCUAUGUGCACGGAUGUUGUACAGUUAUGGCGCAGACACCAACACGAGGAACUACGAAGGACAGACGCCCCUGGCCGUGGCCAUCAGUAUCUCCGGGAGUGGUCGGCCGUGUUUGGAUUUCUUACAGGAAGUCACAAGACAGCCGAGAAACUUGCAGGACCUGUGCCGAAUUAAGAUUCGACAAUGUAUAGGCCUUCAAAACCUCAAACUACUUGAUGAACUACCGAUUGCCAAGGUCAUGAAAGACUACUUAAAACACAAAUUUGAUGACAUCUGAUCUCCACGGAACCGUGAGCAAGAUCAGAAGUUCUAUUCCAGAUACUUCAGAGGCGUUCCCGCCUUGCGCAAAGUGUAUCCUAUGCAAUUUCUGAUUCGCUCUGAAGUCAGGAAGCAGAUAGAGACCUUUUGGUUGAUUGGUUGGUCGAUUGAUUUCCUCUCUGGUUGGUUUUCAUUGUAGGGGAGGGCUUUUGUUUUAUUUGUUUGUUUGUUUUUAAUAUAUAAACACAAACACACAUACAUGCACAUACACACGCCACGCUUGAUGGUCUUAAUUUGGUUUCUUGGUCCAAGUCAGAGAGGUCCAAGCUUUCUGUACAAUACUGCAUUUGCAACAGAAAUGGUUUUUCCAAAAACAAAAAUGACACAAGCAGAUUUGGAGAAUGUGCCCCUUUCCAAACGGACGGUCUCCCGGGCAUGUACGGUAUUCUGAACCAGCUGCCAGGGCUCUUAACAGGCGCACAGUUUCACCCAGGUUGGGGGAAGGGUGGGGGGCGGGGGGCCUGGGUUCCCCUGGAAAAUGCCCGACGACAUUUUUCUACCUGAUGCUGUCACCUCAUUCGUUAUUACUGAGUCCUCACUGGCUGUAGCAGACGGCUCUGUUCCUAGUGAAUGUCGCUUUGGGAUGAUGUCCAGUACCUCUGCUUUCCCGUUGACGUGCUCUUGUUUUUAACUUAUUUUUGGUGUUGUUGACUUUUUUUCCCUUUUUUUUUUGUUUGUUUUGUUUUUUUUUUUCACAACUGUCAUACACUACCCAGAGAUGCGGGUCUCUUCCAUCCGCCUCUAGUUGAUUGUGCGUUUAAAAUAACAAAAAGAAGAAUGGGAAAGAGAACUUCCUAAAGCCAGUGUAUUCUGUUUCGAAAGCAGUGCCUCCAGUGCAAUACUGUUUCUGGUGUAUUUGAUCUGUGAUUUCACACACUGCCCAUCAUUCCAGCUCGGACGGGCCCAGGAGGACGCACCCUGCCCCCUGCAUCUCUGUUUCCGGCCACUGUCUGUCAUUUGCAGUUUCCAUGCUGGGCUUUCUCUUCUUCAUUUUCUGUAACUGAAAAGUUCCCAUCCUAAUGGUAGAGUAUUUUCCUAAAAACAGCGCCAAAUAUUGGUCAACCACUUGACUUUGACUGUUCAAUAACUCAGUGGUUUCAUGGUAGAGUUUUGUUGAGGGUUUUGUUUUUGGUUUUCUCAGUUAAAAAAAAAAGACUUUCUAAAGAAAGGGUAAAAAUCAAAAGGGUGCACAUGUGUAUGUACAUGUGGCAGGUUCCUGAUCUGCUAAGGCGACAUUCUCUGUCAUUCUCAGGGGCCUGCAGUGAGGUUCUUGGGACAGUCCUUCCUGUUCUGGGAUGAUAGGGCAUGUGCUCGCAGGAGAACCAGGGACCGGGUCAGUGUCAGUCACAGUGGAGAAAGUUCCAGAGGCAUUGGUGAGCAGUGAUGCCUUUGGACCAAUACUCUUCCAGGAUGUGUCAGCAGAUUAAUACUUGUGGCAGAAGAGCCUUUUUCAGAUGUCCCAGUCUCAUUCUUCAGAAUGCUCGGAGACAUUUCCCAAGAUCUACACACUAGUAAUAAAUGUGUUCUCAGACGUUUACAAGAUGAAGGGCUUCUCUCAUCUGAAUUUCUCAUUCUCAGCCGUUAGUUCUAGACCUCUUUCACCUGAGAAGUACAGGUCCUCCGAGUUAGGAGUUGGCUUUUGUGACUUCCUCCCAGCCAGCUGCGGCAUUUUUUUCUCAAGCACAAAGUUUGUUCUUUGGGUUUCCAACUGGCCACCUUGGUCUGCUGAACAGUACCUGGUUUUCUGCACAGGUAGCUUUGGAUCUGAUCCAGUGCUUCACCUUGGAGGGAAUGCGGGCAGUGUGGCCGGGUUAGUGACCGACCAUCACUGACUGGCCAGGCGCCUGGUGGA